GCCGUUCGGCUGCCGGGGGGCCGCGAGGGCUCCCUGCCUCGCCGCUUUUGCCAUGUUGUCUGUACCCUGCCGAUAUUUUGCUUCCUAAGAUGCCUUCGUGUCUCACAGACCUUCCAUCGCUUUCCUCUCCCCUCCCUCACCGUCUUCCCGCAGUUGGUUGUUGUGUGCUUGGUCACAUUACGCAUUUCGCCUUCUUAAUAUGCAUAAGUGUAUGAAGGGACAGUGCCAAGAGAAUGGACUCGGGCUCUGCUCGGUGGUGCCCAGCAGUAAGAGAGGCAAUGGGCAGACACUGAUGCACAAGAAGUUCCACCAAACAUGAGGAAGAACUUCUUUGCUGUGCAGUUGACCGAGCAUUGGAACAGAUUGCCCAGAGAGGUUCUGGAGUCUCUCUCACUGGAAAUAUUCAAGUACCAUCUGGACACAAUCCUGUGCCGUGUGCUUUGGGAUGGCCCUGCUUAAAAAGGGGUGUUGGACCAGAUGACCCGCUGUGGUCCCUUCCAACCUGACCUAUUCCGUGAUUUAAUUUUGUAAAGCCUUGGCUAGCGUAGAGCUUACACUUGGACAUGUGUGUAUUUCUUACCUAUUAUGUAGUCCUAAAACAAGAUGAGAAUAAAUAAUUUGUUGGAACUGGAAGACAUUAGUAUUAAUGCCAAAAAACCUCCAGUUUGCAAUUUUGAUGUGGAAAUAGAAAUAUAAUUUACCAUACUGAAAUAGGGAAAUUUGCAAUGUGUGAGAAAAUAACAUCAGAAAGUGAUACUGUGUAAGGUAGUUCAGAGCACAGCAUUAAGGAUGGCAAGUCGGUUUGGCUUGUGAGAGCCCUGUCAUGUCUCACAAGAUGUACAUUUUGAAACAUUGUACGUAGUUGGUCCAGAAAUUUAAAGUUAACUACAGAAUCAUGUAAUCAUUUUUGGGUUUCUCUUCAGAGUUUUAUUCCAUAUAAUGCUUUAAUGGUGAUGAAUUAUAGUAUUGCAGGGGAUAUGGGCAGAAUAGAUUUUAUCCCACCCCAAAUUUCCAAAGCACGGGGUUCUUUUUCUCCCCACUAUCUCCCCAGACCCUCUUUGUCUCCUUUUUUGUCUGAGAAAAAACUAAGACUGCUUGGUUUCUUUCUUAGUUUCUUCCUUCUGGGCAGUCUUUGCUGGAGGCAUUUCAGAAGUCUUAAUGAAUUAUGGGAACUAGUUCUGUUUUAUAUUAUGGAGAUAUUCCAAGACUCUUAAGAAGAUAAUGAUCUUCCUUUGCAAAAUCUAUGCUCAUUAAUUCUUAUAAGAUCAUGGUAACCUAGAUUUUGUAGUGUUCUUCUGUUUUAAAUGGAACAAAUUUGCUAGGAAGACUUAGUAGAUGUAUUGGCUACAUGUGAGUUCUUUAGGGUAAUUCCAGCAUUCAGUGAGAUGUUCUGAUUUUCUUUCCUCAUCCACUUUGUUAUGAGGCUGAAUAUUUAUCGGAAACCACUAACAAAGCUGAUCCUGUAGCUGCCAAGGAAGAACUCUUGGAGGAAUGUGAGCGUAUUUGGAAGCAGAUGGAAGAGUGUCAGAGCAAGCUAAUGCUUCUAGGAGCAGAAACAGUGGCACCAUCAGAUGCCAAGCUUUACUUGUUAAUGCUGCAAUGGAAAGCUUUAACAGUAGAUUUUAAUCAGUGGCAAACAAGAAAUCCUGAAUUAAUUUCUACCAAUCCAGAUGUACUGUUAGAAUUAGGAAAAGAAGAGUUGCAGAAAGUGAAAAAUGAUCUUGAAACGAUGCUGUCAACAGUUCAGUCAAAGAAUAAACAUCUGGAAGAAGAUCUGAAAAGAGAACAGCAGUGGUAUGAGGAACAGAAACAGAUGCUAGAGACUCUUAAUAAAAUCGAAGAAGAGGUAAAUACCCAAGAUGAACAUCCUUCCACAAAAAGAGAACUCAAUGAAUUGGAAACCAAAGUAUUGAAAUUAAAGACCUUUAGGAAAGAACUCUUGACUGCCUUGGGUGGAUUCCUGGAUGAAUAUUUUCCCCUUCCAGAGAGAAGUGAAAAUAUUAAAAAAAAGAACUCUUCAGCAGAGCCAGUUGUAGAACUGAUAACAUUGCAAGAAAUUUUAGAGAUGCUGAUAAACACAUUAAUGGCCACACCACAUGAACCUUACAUAACAAUCAAUGAGUCAUUUUGGCCACCUUACAUUGAGCUGCUGCUGCGAUGUGGAAUGGCCCUGAGACAUCCAGAAGAUCCAAACAGAAUGCGCCUCCAAGCUUUUCACAAGUAGUGUGACCUACACAUUCACUUGAAAACAAAACAACACCAGUACUCUUAAUUCAGGGCCAGGACAUAUUUAGGUUUCCUACUAAGCUUUCUAAGUAUCAAGAAUUGCGUCUUGUUGGAUGAUUUUUUUUCUUUUAAAUUAAAUUGGAUAUUUAAGAUCAUAAAAUGUAGAAAACGAAAAAAACCUCUAUACCUCUAUUUUAACUGCUUACAGUUGGCUUUCAGUUUUAUACCAAGAUUUGCAUUAUGGAAGGCUUUUUUCAGUGCUUUUGUAAGAUGCCAAUUAAUGUAAUAGACAAAUAUGUUUAACAGUCCUUUUUACUUUAAAUUCAUACUUUAUACAUUACUUCUUAGAUUGCCUGACAUCUCUAUUUCCUUUAGUAUUUUCUUGUAUUCUGUAGAGACAAAAUUCAGAAUAACAGCACUGCUCCUGUACAUGGCCUUGCAAACAUUUGGAACUAGCAGAGAGGUAUCCUCUCAAGAAUGCCUUGCUUGUUUCUCAGAGCCCUUGCAAACAAUUUUACUGGCUCCAAGAUAAACACAUAGGAAAGCUGAUACAUCUUUCUGUGCAAGGUGCACAGAUGUUGAGUCUGCACCUUUCACUGCACGCUUCCCAAAUGGCCCACUUUGUGUUACACUAUAUUGCCUUACAGUAUCUGUCUUCACUUUUUCAGACCUAGUUUAUCAAGGCUUUUAAUGGGGCUCUACAGCUUCUAAGUUAUGUCAGUUGAGAGACUGAGAGACUUCUGACUCAAUGCUGGUAUUCUUUGCAAUCUCAGUCUUUUAUGUAGCCAUAUUUAUAGUAUUGUACUGAGUACAAAAAUUCUGCUCUUGCUUAUCUGUAGUGACUAAAUUAUCCUUUGUUAACCAGAUUUUAGUUUAUUGAGGGAGGAACUUGGAUGAUUUUUCAGUUUGAUGGAAAAGUAGAGUUGUAUACACUCACAGAAUGUUUUUAUGUGAUGGUUUUUGGAAUGGUGUUUCUGUGAUUUGGUGUGAUGACUUUUAAAUAUCAUGUAAGGAUGCAUGGGAGAAGUAAGGGGGACCAAUCUAAUAUAAUUGCCAAUCCAGUGUAAUUGCCCUUUUUAAACCAAUUAAAUGUUAAGCAAAAAAUCUUUCAUCUUGUGUAGUUUUGAGUGAAUGCUGUUCAUUUUACCCUCCCAACUGGUGUUUAAGUAUGAGUAUAGGAUGUGGUGUGUGCUGUUGUACAUGAACAUUGACUUCUUUUUGGCUCAUAUUGCUUGUGUAGCUGCCCUCCUGUUGUGAUUUAACCUCUUCUAUGAAUUCUAGAGUCUGACUAAUCUAUACACAUUUAUCUUACAGUAUUUUUAAUUAAGAAUUAGAAUAACUACAUUUUUUGGCUUAGAUUUAUAGGAUUGUCUCUUUAGGGUUUUUUCCUUCAUUUGUGUUUAAAUGCUUUGUAUUCUGCUAUCCUUUCAACUUGUUUAUUAAUAUUGCUUAAAUAUUUUAUUGAUGCUGGAUGACUGCUUCUCUCAUGACAUUAAUAAAUGAAAGGAAAAAUGUUAAACAUUCA